AUGACCAUGACCACCAUGCCAGAAAGUCUCAACAGCCCCGUGUCGGGCAAGGCGGUGUUUAUGGAGUUUGGGCCGCCCAACCAGCAAAUGUCUCCUUCUCCCAUGUCUCACGGGCACUACUCCAUGCACUGUUUACACUCGGCGGGCCACUCGCAGCCCGACGGUGCCUACAGCUCGGCCUCGUCCUUCUCCCGACCGCUGGGCUACCCCUACGUCAACUCGGUCAGCAGCCACGCGUCCAGCCCCUACAUCAGUUCCGUGCAGUCCUACCCCGGCAGCGCCAGCCUCGCCCAGAGCCGCCUGGAGGACCCAGGGGCGGACUCCGAGAAGAGCACCGUGGUGGAAGGCGGAGAGGUGCGCUUCAACGGCAAAGGGAAAAAGAUCCGCAAGCCCAGGACGAUCUACUCCAGUUUGCAGCUGCAGGCUUUGAACCGGAGGUUCCAGCAAACCCAGUACCUGGCUCUGCCUGAGAGGGCGGAGCUGGCGGCCUCCUUGGGACUCACGCAGACUCAGGUCAAGAUCUGGUUCCAGAACAAACGCUCCAAGUUCAAGAAGCUGAUGAAGCAGGGCGGGGCGGCUCUGGAGGGCAGCGCGCUGGCCAACGGCCGGGCCCUGUCCGCCGGCUCCCCGCCGGUCCCGCCCGGCUGGAACCCCAACUCCUCGUCCGGGAAGAGCUCGAGCAGCAGCGCCGGCUCCUACGUCCCCAGCUACACGUCCUGGUACCCCUCAGCGCACCAAGAAGCUAUGCAGCAGCCUCAGCUCAUGUGAGCUCGUCCGUCCGCACUCACCCGCCUCCGUCCCGUCUCUCUCGGCCCGGCCCCACCCGCCUCCAAGCCCAGCCACCCCUCCGAGGGCCCUGGGCCGGGAGGAGAAGGGCCCGGAGCUGAGGGGGGGAAAGAGAAAAGAAAGAGGAACAGUUAAGGCAGAGGGCUUGCGGCCUCCUUGCAGUCCCUGAAGGUCUGGCCCAGCGACUUUCCAGUUCUCAGCCCGAUCCUGGCCUGGGCUGUGGUGACAGCAGCGUGGCCUCAAAGCGGGCACGGCCGCUGGAGACAGGCCAGAGCGAAAAGACAACCCGCUGGGCCAGAGCAGACUCACAGCUUCGUGAGACCAUCAGGAAAAAAAAAUAUAUAUGUAGGAGGGAAAAAUAUGCUUUUUUUUUUUUUCCCUCGGUUCUGUCCGUCUUUGUCUCCUUUCUGCACUGUCUGCGCGCUGAGUCAAGGUCCUCCUGUGUCUGCUGUCCUCAUCCUGCGGCUUCUCCAAAAAUCACCAGGCCUGAGCCACACCCGGGCGGCGGGCGGGCGGCCCAUCACCGACUCCUGGAAGGCUUUGUCUUUUAUGGUCUUCUUCAGGGCCCUGCUUGACCGUCUGUGUAGUUUGUUUGGGAAAUGGGGGAAAUCAGAGGGAGGGGGGUUAAUUUAUUGAAAAACAGACUUCGCCUGACGCUGAGUGUUGGCCAAUUCCAAGUCCUCUGGGGCAUGGAGUGGGCACUGCCCAGACCUACUGUUUACCUUAAAUAUAGCAGACAAGGGAGCAAGGAGGGCAGAGUGGCCUUAAGGUACACCGUAACUUUUGUACUUUGCUGGAAUGGAGAAGCGGAAGCAGAGCAAUUUGCAUUUUACACUCUCCAAAUUAUUAAAAACAAACAAACAAAUAACAAAAGAAAGAACGAAGUGACGAAGUGAUAAGUAAGGCCAACGGAAUCUUGCCAGGACCGCUUGGAGAACACCCAGCAAAGAAGAACAAGGAAAAAUAAAUAAAUCAUACUUUGGGCAGCAA